AUGCCUUAUCCAACCAAAUCAAUGCCCAGCCCUCUCAAUACAUUUCAAAAAAGCCAAGUCUUGAUCAACUUUCAGGAAACCCAGGGCUCCAAAUACAUACCCAACACUCAAGAAUUGGAGUCGCAGGACUUCCCCAGCUCCUUACCUGUACCCAAUGGCAGCGAGCUGUAUUGCAAUUUUCAUCUGGACUACUUGGUCUGGGUGAAUAAUGUUGAGAACAACACCUUGUUUGGCAAUCUUAAACCGGUGAAGCCUCCACAACAGCUACGCAUGUCAGUGACUGACAUGUCGUUCAGCCUCUUCAAAACUCGCGUUUACAAUCAUGUGGCGGCCAGUCAAGAUCAUCUGUCUUUGUCAAAGUUGCAUGACCUCAUCAAGGUACUAACCAAUGUGGACAAGGCCCACCAGUUGCAAUGGCGCUGCAGUAUCAAGAACUGUGAGCGUGUGGUAAACGACAACUCUUUUUUCAAAUUGUUUAUGGUUGUGGCCGGUAUCCAAUUUGAUGCAUGUAACGUUCUCCUCUUCAUGGAUAAACCAUGCAGCAGCAAUUGUUUUAAAUUGGCAACUCCACCGGCCUCUGGACAAGCUGUCCGUUUUGCUGGCACAGAAGACAGUAGAUCUGAGGCUGAUAUCUUGGAUGGAUCGACCAUGUCCAAUCAAACAAAUACGGUUCAACUCCCCACUGACGCAGAGGUCCAGGCAAGGGUUGCACAAGAGUCAACCAAUCAACAAUCUGUGCAGGUUUGA